AGUGUUGUUGAGCGACUACACCAGACCUCAAUCCGCUCCGCCCGUCCUAUUUGCGAAAUAUCUGGUGUGGCCGGAAUGUCAGUCGGAGUCCUGCAUCAUGGAGAAGUCAUCUUCAAGGACAAUUUCGGGCUCCGUGCCACCGGCGGAAAACUGGCUCCGGACUCGACAACCAUGUAUGGCAUCGGAUCCCUGACCAAGGCAUUCACGGCAGUCGCCAUCACCAACCUUCUCGACCAGCAUCCCGGCAUCACCCUUGAUACGCCUGUGGAUCAAAUCCUGCCAGACUUCGUACCCCUCGAUGAACGCUUGCGGGGUCAGGUUUCCCUUGGCGACUUUUUAUCCCAUCGCUCCGGGCUACUCGGCGACCUGUCCCUUGCCCUGCAAGGUCCAUUCGAGUGCCUCCUGCCCAAGGAGCAGCUUCUGCCAACCGUCUCCCGCUUGAAGACCAUAGCUCCAAAUCGCCGGCUGUGGUCAUACAAUAACUGGGGCUAUGGAAUUGCCGGCGCUGUGAUCGAGAAAUGGUCGGGGAAAAGCUUCGCUAGGUACCUCAAGGAAGCAGUUUUGGACCCGCUUGGUCUCCAACACACCACUAGUCAGCCCGAUUUCCAACCAGGAGACAACUUUGCUACUCCUCACAUUGCCCUGGAAAAUGCCACGGCACUGCCGGUCAACGGGAUAUACUUCUUUAAGGACACCUUCUUUGAGGCGGCCGGUGGUCUGUACUCCAACGUUGGCGACAUGUUGAAAUGGGCCAAGGCCAUCUUACUCGCCAGGACCAGUCCGUCAAAUGGUCCGCUCCGAAAUGUCCCCGUCAUUAUCAGCAAUCAGGUGCCGCUCCACGAACCUUCUCACGACUCCCAUUUCUACGGCUUGGGCUGGAUCCGGACUCAGCUGCCUAGCGUUGUGGGACUUCAGGGCGACAACCCGGAGCUUCUCCCACCCAAGGACCUCCCAAUACUCGGAGCCGGCGGUUCUCCUAUGAUGAUGUACUAUCACCAAGGCUCAGCGAUGGGUUAUUACUCUGCACUCUUCCUGUUUCCAGAAACCAAAUCGGCCAUUGUUGUCCUAACAAACAGCAUUCCCUUGAACGAUGCAGCAGACUGGAUCGCUCAGGCAUAUGCCUCCGCCCUGUUCAAUUUCCCAGAGCCUGCCAGUUAUGUUGAUUUGGCAAAGAAGAGUUGCAGAAACAAGGUCACAGCAUUGAACAGCAUCAAGUCCAAAUUCGACGAGAUGCGACGGGAGCAUCCGGGAAAUAGGCCCCAGCUUCCACUACAAUCCUAUUGCGGAAUUUACGACAACGACGCCGGCAACUUCUUCAUCGACAUUGGCCGGCACCCAGAAAACAAGAGCUCCCUGCUGCUCAAGUUUCAGGGAAAGGAAUCUCAAGCCUACGAGCUCCGUCACCUUCUUGACGACACAUUUGAGUGGGCUCUUACCUAUGAUGAAUCGGCCCGACAAGAGAGAAGUCCAAUCUUGGAUCCCAUGUACUUCAAGGUACGCUUUCAUGUUGAAUCUGAU